GUGCAGCUAUGCAGUUGAACAGGUUCUUGUUCCAAGGAAUAGAAAGAAUAAGAAGGUAGUUUGAUCACAUCACAAUAGUUUGAUCACAGAACACCAGGACAUUUAUCAGACAAGGCUGCAGUGCCUCAAUAGCACUGAUUCAACCAGGAAUGAAGGUGACUCAACUAGACUGUCUGUGUGUGAUUCUUCUACAUCUCUUACACACAGCAGGCUCUGAGAGGUUUGAGGUUCUUGGUCCAACUGAUCUCAUUGUUGCUGUGGCUGGUGAUGACAUCGUUCUGCCCUGUUACCUCAAACCCAGCAUCAGUGCUGAGGACAUGACAGUGGACUGGCUUAACCUGGACUUCAAAGACGAUCGUGUCUUUCGUUACCAAAACCAAAGAAUCAUACGAGACGAUCAGAUUCCCUCCUACAUAGGAAGAACUUCACUGUUUGAAGAGGAGCUGUGGAGGGGCAACACCUCUUUAAAACUGACCAGGGUACAAGGCACUGAUGAGGGACAUUACAAAUGCUUAAUUCAGUCAAAGAGCUGGUAUGAUGAUUUCACUAUUCAAGUCCUCGUUGAAGCUGUAGGAUCCAAGCCAGUGGUGUCCAUUGAGGGACACAGAGAGGGAGGGAUGGGUCUGCUGUGUGAAUCAGAAGGCUGGCACCCUCAGCCUGAGCUGGUGUGGCUGGACAGUAAAGGAGUCCAUCUCUCUGCUGGACCUCCUGAAACACACAGAGACGUCAAGGGAUUCUACACAGUCAAACAACAUGUCAUUGUCCAGGAGACUAACACCAACCGCUUUACCUGCAGAGUCCAACAGAGCCGGAUCAAUGAGAAGAUGGAGACAGAGGUUCACCUCCCUAGUGAGUUAUUUUACACAACCCCAUGGAGAAUGACCUUCAUUGUGUUAUGCUGUCUGGGAGCCAUCACUGUGAUUGGGUUAGCUCUGGCUAUCUACUGCAUACUUAAUAAGAAAGAUGAAAUCAGGAAGGAGAAAGAUGACCUCUGGGAGAAGAAUCAUUACCUCAAGGAGAGUUUCUAUGACAUCACUGUGCAGCGAGAAAUACUGACUUCUCAGCUGGAUUUUGUGAACACAAACUGGAGUCCAGAUGUUGAAACCAUCAGAAGACAUGCAGUGAAUGUGAUUCUAGACCCUGAUACUGCACAUUGUAACCUCAUCCUGUCCGAGGACGGGAAACAAGUGAGACAUGGAGAACUAAAUCAGAUUCUCUCUGACAACGUAAAUAGGUUUUCAAAUUGGUCUUCUGUCCUCGGAAAUGUGGGCUUCUCAGGGAAGGUCUACUAUGAGGUGAAGGUGGAGGAGAAGACUGAGUGGACUUUGGGUGUUGUCAUUCAGUCCAUCAAUAGGAAUGAAAGUUUUAGACCGAUCCCUAAUAAAGGAGCCUGGACUGUGGAGCUGAAGAAUGGAGAGUACACAGCUCAUGCUGAUUCCCCUGUCACCUUCACCCUGAGAGAGGAGCCCCUGAAGGUGGGGGUGUUUGUGGAUUAUGAGAAGGGACAGGUUUCUUUCUUCAAUGUGGAGGCCAGGUCUCAUAUCUACUCUUUCACUGGCUGCACCUUCACUAAGAAACUCUAUCCAUUCUUCAACCCUGGUGGUUCAGAUAGUGUUUCACUGGUCAUCUGUCCUGUAGAUGCCACUGACUGACUGUUUUAAAUCAAACAAGGCAGAUACAGUAUAAACAGCAGUAACUCCUAUUGAGAGACUUAAUGUACAUGAGUUCUUAGUUAUAGAUUUCCUGUCAAUCUUUGUUGUUGUUGUAGAGUGGACCAGUUGAUUGUUUAUUGGAUAGGACAGAGAGGUAAAGGUAGGAAUGUUGAAAGAGCUAUGGGUUGGAUCUGAACCCAUUCUGGUACUGAACCAUCCCAGACCACUGAUUUCUUGUUAAUGUUUGACUUAUCUUUGACGUUUCUUUCACCCAUCCCGUGGACUGUUAUGUCUUCAUGAGUGUGUGUUAUAUAUUUUUUUUUAUUCUCUGUGUUUCCUAAAAGUAUAGUGCUUUCUGUGGUGGUGGGGCAAGCCAGCAGAAAAUACGGAGCGUUGUGCCGUGAUUGGCUCAGUGUUCUGUCUCUCAUGGGGACACUUUGUCACCGCCAAGUCAAUGGGUAGACUUCCAAAAUUCUAGCCCUUUGGGUGCUGCCAUGGAAUUACAUUAGAAGUGCCCAUCCAAGAAGGCUCAAGGUCAUUGGCCACAGAUUAAAUGAUGUCAAAUCCCAUUACAUGUAGAGUAGCUUUGAUUGGACUGAUCUUGUCAACAUCAUACUUUCAACAUCUUAGCUAGCAGUCAAUAUCAUGAAUCAAGUCGACAAUCUACUGGCAAAUCCUUUUUAAUCCUUGUCUUAUGAAGAUAAAUAAUGGAGUGAAAUUAUAGAUAAAACGAAUCGGUGCUUAUCCUCCAUUGGACAUAAACAUUACACAACAAGUUAGAAAUCGCAAAUUCAGCAAUGAGUAGUUUGGAAGGAAGUGAGCACAGCACAACAAGGUGAGUCCAAAUUGUCUUGUAUGCUGCUGCAUAAAUGAUGUAAUAUGCCAGUGUAACGCCCUGGCCAUAGAGAGGUUUUUUUUGUUCUUUAUUUUGGUUAGGCCAGGGUGUUACAUUGGGUGGGCAUUCUAUGUUCAUUUUCUAUGUUGUCUGUUUCAUUGAUUUUGGCCGUGUGGCUUCCAAUCAGGCACAGUUGUUGUUGGUUGUUGCUGAUUGGGAGUCACACAUAAGUGCCUGUUUUUCCGUUGGGGUUUUGUGGGUAAUUGUUUCUGUUAGAUUAUUUCCCAACAGGACUGGUUUGCUGUCGUGUUUUUGUUCAGUUUUGUAUAGUGUUCUUACGUUAAUUAAAAUCAUGAUGAACACUAA